GUUGACUCAUUACUGGCGAGCCUCAUCAUGCACUUUCCGGACUUGGGGUCAGUGGGUCUGCGGACUCCACCUGGCCCCGAGGGUGACAAAGUUUGGUUUGUCAUGAUUGCACUUGUAUGCCACAACACAGCACGACAGGAACGACAUGAUAUCGUUCACGAGAACACGUUUGGCAUCUUAUGGUCCGAUGACGACGUGUCUCGCUUCAUGUUGGAACAUCUCUUGUCAGCUGGCCUGGAUUCCUCGGAGCCUGCUGAUGUACCCCAUUGCCCGUGUUGGCACGACUUGCCAGAGCAGAAGCACAGGUCCCUUACUGCCACCACCUUCAAGCGCCGUGCUGGAAAGUGGUGGAGCUCCACAAAGCAGGCUCACGGCCGGAUGUUCGGCUGCUUGAG